AUGUCUUCUUACGGAACUCUCAAGCAAAAGCAUCAAACCUUCCAUAAUGACUCCUUUGACAAACCAGACACAAUUGCCAUCACUGCUACAGACCGUUUUCUUGGAAAUUCCAUCGUUCGGGGUCUUUUACAAUUAACUGAUCUUACGAGUUCCCGUGAUAACCAUUUCCUCGAUGUUAACGUUGUUGCGCUCUCGUCGUUUCCUAACGAUCCGAAUCUUAACGAGUUAGCGAUCGCUGGUGUUGAUAUUAAAAAAACCGAUUUUGAAGCUCGAGACUCUCUUCAACGAGUUCUUUUUGAUGUUGAUUUUUUGAUCGUGGUCCCGGAAAGCAAUAUUGAUCGUGUCCGAGAUGCCGAAGUGUUGGCAAAGGCUGCAAGAAAUCAAGAUAUCAAAAGUGUCAUAGUAGUCUCGAUCCAAGGUGCCGACGUAGGUCGAACCCAAACGCAUGAAGAGUUCAGACAGAUCGAAAAAAUUUGGGAGAACGAAUUUGAAAGCGUCGUCUUUCUCAGUGAUAUCAUAAAGGAAGAAAGGACACUUCACUUGACACUUGACGAAGAGACAGAUGACUUCGCUCUCGUCAAUUUCCAAAAUGUGAUCGAAAUCAUUCAAACAUUAGUUUUCGACAAAAAUGGACGAUUGCUUCCACAGCUCAGCCGAAAGGAUGAACAUAGGAUUUAUAAUUUAAACGAGAAUUUUUACUCUCCACGGGAUAUCAUCGAGGACUUUAAUGAAAUAACUGGCAACAGCAACACUAUUGAUUACAAACAAGUUGAUCGUAGUUUCUUGCGGGAUCUUUUGAAAACUAUCCGCGAUGACAAAGCAUUUUUCCACAAUGACCCCAAUACCAGAAGCGAAGAGUUUGAUUGUCAGCGUAUCUUCUUCAAUAAAACUUUUGAUCCACGUCAAUUCCUUCCUCUCCGAGAGACUGAGAUUGAUUUCAUUAUCCAUAGUUUGGAGUUUGCCAGAGAUAACAAUGAAGCCAGUCGUGUCACUAACGACGUGCAAGAGAUUACGCAACAAAGGGCUGUAUCUCUUAAACAAUUCUUUAGGGUGGGCAAAUAUUUUGAUAAUUUCAUAGAAUUGAAUGUUGCAAACAAAUGCAAUAAUAAACUAGCAGAAAUACUCGCCGACAGAGUUUCCAGUUCCAUAAUCGCAACCGCUUCCAAACGAUUUCUGGAAAUCGUCGCCGUAGAUAUCAGUACAGACUAUAAAGAUUUAAAGCUAGAUAUUAGCGAUGUCAUUGUAUCCCAAUAA